AUGGCUCGGCGCGGCGGCUACCGCAGCGCCUUUCUGUGGUUCGUGCACGACCAGCUGCCCGAGCUGGAGCGGCGCGGGCUGCCCGUGGCCCAUGUGGCGGACGCCGUCCCCUACUGCUCCCAGGCGUGGGAGUCCCUGACAGAGGAAGAGAAGACCAUAUAUUCAGAGAAGGCUCGUAAAUGGAAUAGCAAGAAAUGCCCUCAGAAGACAGUGAAGGAGACUUGUAAUGUGCCUGAUCCAGUUCCUGCUCUUCUGACCACCAAGAUGCCUAGUGUUACUCCUUUGCCAGAUGCCUCUGCUCUCUCUUGGAAGAAUCAUCAGGAUAUGGUUGCAGACAUCUUCUACUUCCUGGACAUAUACAGCUAUGGGAAGCUGCCUCCGCACUGCGAGCAGCGCUUCCUUCCCUGUGAGAUUGGGUGUGUCAGAUACUCCCUGCGAGAUGGCAUCAUGGCUGAUUUCCACCACUUCAUAGAUCCAGAAGUACCACCACGUGGUUUUCGGUACCACUGCCAGGCUGCUGGUGAUGAAACCCAUAAGAUCCCUAUAUCUGGAUUUCACCUUCCUCGUUCUUGUUACGCAGUUGUCCUGCGGGAACUUGUUGAGUUUGCCCAGCCAGCCAGGGGUGCUCAGCCUCGCUUCUUCUGCAGGUUUAAUGACAGAUUCCGAAUUAACUGGUGUCUUGGUCGAAUGGCCAGCAUAACAGGCAUUGAGAGCCACUGGGAGCUUUUUGCAGUAGAAGACCUGAUAAUGAAACUGUACCAGAAGAAAUACCAAAAGGAGCCAUCCAAGAUCUGGGUGUAUAGAAAACUGGAUGUCUGCCUGUGGGAUUUCUCCAGUAAUACCAGGUGCAAGUGGCAUGAGGAGAAUGAUAUAAUCUGCUGUGCCCUGGCAUCCUGUAAGAAAAUAAGUUACUGCAUCAGUAAAUCCUUUGCUAGUGUGUAUGGAGUCCCACUAACAGCAGCUCACCUCCCUCUGCAAGACCCUAAUUGUGAUCAAAGCACAAAUACCAGGAUUGUAAAACUGGAUGCUGGACAUACCCAGAAAAAGAAAGCUGAGAGUUCUGAACACAACAAACCUUUGGGUUCUCCAAGAUGGGAUCAAGAGUUUGUUCCUUCUAAUUGUGAUUCUCCAUGUGGUGUGAAGACCUCCCCUUGUGGAACAAGUGUUGUACAAGGAAGAGGAGUUAUUCGAUUGCUGAGAAGUGCGUCUGAUCUAUCCAAGUCUUCCAGUAAUUGAAAAUCUCUUUCACAUCCAGGACAGCUGUAAAUUCUAAUUUUCUUUGUUUCCCUAAGAUAACUAGUAGUUUCUCCAGAGUGCAGUUUUUCAUCUUCUGUGCAAACCUUGACAGUUGAAGUUCUUGUUAGAAUGAUAAAACCAUUGAGUGGAUUUAAAGAAUCUUGUUCAUUAUCUACAGGAAGACUUAUUUUGAAGGGACCUAACAGUCUUUAAAACUGCAUGCUGUACUAGUUGUAUUUCUUAAUGAACAGAGUGCAAAUUCAAGAUUGAUUAUUCAAUAUAAUUGAACUAGAAGAAUUCUUUAGUGACCAGUGUGUAAACAACUUUAACUUUUUGCUUUAUUUCUUUUUUUAGUAGCCUUCCCAUCUCCUGCAUGUGGAAGAUGGAAUUUCAGUGUGUAACAGUCUUGCUUCAAAAACUGAUGCAGGGGAGAGGGCAUUGAAGGUGUGAAGGGCUACCCUAGGGGAAUAAUUAAAAGUCAGUAGUCUCCAAAGUUUGCUGUAAUAGAUCAGUUUUAGCCAUGAAAAAUUUGAGUGGUCUUUCAAGGUAAAAAAGCAGAUUCUAUGUAAAAUGUCUUGAAAGAAAUACUGUGGCCAAUUUAUCUAUCUGUUAAUGUUCUUAGAGGCACAGGCUGUAUUAUAUACAUCAGAGACAAGUACUGCAUAGAUUUUUUUGCUUGCAUCAGUUUUCUUUUUAAGAAAUGUGUGUCCCUCAAACUUCAGAGACUGAAGAGAAGUGUAGGUGUUAUGGGGUUGGUUUGGUUUUGGUUUUUUGAUAGUUUUUUUUUUUAAGCGUAUCAAAUUUAAACUGAUAUAUUUCACAAGAGUUUAGUCAGGCUGGGUAGAUACCAGUCAUAAUUAUUUGGGGGCACAUAAAAAGUGUCUUGACAUUUUCUAGGGAAGUUAGAUGUUCCUUUUUAGGGAGGUAGUGCUUGUACUAAUUCCCAAAAAGUUUUCUGUCUGAGGCUUGUGCUUAGUCCAUGUGUCUCCUAAGCAAGUGAUUCUGAGAAAUAAGAGCUUAUUUUGUUAAGUUGUUCCUAGAUUUUGUACCAACAGAUGUCCAGUUUUGAAAUACUAUUUCCAUAGUAACUAACUGUGUGAAGAUUUCAUUCCUUGUAGGUACUGAAACUCAAGAUGAGGUGGUUUGUUCCCUUGAAUAAGGAAAAAACCCAACGAAACAAAGGCGAGCAAAACCCAAAAUGCAGCCAAAAUAAGAGGUUUAUUUGAGCAUGCUGAUCAGUGUGUCAGAAAAGGCCAAGUGCUGGUUUAGUUGGAAAGCUGUUACAGUUGCUAUACGGCCAGUUGAACCCUUUCUUGCAGUGUUUUAGGAUCACUGAAGGAUUUCUAUUCUUACUCAACUGUUCACCUUUAUCGCUGAAUUUUCUCAAUUGAUUCUGUAUUUCCUUCCUUGGAGGCUGCUGUCCUACCUGCUGAUUUUCACCAAAUAAGGGACAUUAAAGCUGUAAGGCUGAAAUUUACCAAUGAAGCACCUGGGAAUGUUGUAACUGACAGUGACUGACAGUGUCUAUCAAGUAGUGCUAAAGGCUUUUCUGCAUUUGUAUAGACUUGUCCAGGUUCCUUAACUGACAGCCACUGCUGCAUUGAUAUUUCAGAAUGUACAGAACUAUUGUUUUUGAAGUAUUUUCAGAGUUCACUGUUGCAAUAAAGGUUUGUUUCAGUUCUUA